AUGAAGUGCGUUAAAUUUGGUAGAAGUGUGUCAGGGUGUGAGCUGGACUGUAAAACGGCGGAGGGAUGUCUCUCCAUGUGCGGGAUGUGUCCAUCUUGCGCCUUUGCCCCCAAACCACCGGCCUCCACUCGGUGUUUGUGGAAGGUGUCGGAUGAAUUCAAGAGAAGGUUCGUGGUGGCGCUACUGUUGCGGUGCAGAAACACCCAGGUGCUCGAAAACAUCCAGAGUGUGCUGGGAGUAACAUCGUGGAAUUUACUCACUUACGCAAGGUCAAGGAGCCCCACUGCACUUGAGGAUUUCCCCUGCCGCAGUUCAGACAGGGCGCCGGAUGGGAAACCUCUCGGCAUGGACCUGAAUGAGAUCUGGGACUGGUUCAACGGCAGCCCCGACUGGAUCAAGUUACGCUAUCUUUGCAGGCUUUUCUCACUCUGUGACUCGGAACUAUUACGCAUGGUGGCUAAUUUAACCAGCGUUCUUCUGGUCAGACAAAAACGAGGGUUUCUGCAAUUUAAUGUGAGUAGUGGCAGUACUAGUCAGCAAGACCAGGACAGUGAUGGAGACUCAGAGGACCCUGCUCUCAUGGUGGUGCCCGGAUCCUCAAAGUCUGCCUCAGGAGUCAGUCGAUACCGAGACUUCAUAGGCUGCCUACCUGUUGAUCUGUCAAAGAGGAUAUUAGGUCUGGUAGAUGAGGUCACUUUGAGACACUGCCAGAAGGUUUGUCGACACUGGCAGCUCCUUGCAAAGGAAACCGUGGAGGAAAUCAAGUUCAGAACACUUUUUCAGGAUCAAAUUCAGACAAUGAUGAAGAGAUGUAGAGGUAUUAAUAAAGUCAGUGCGACGUACGCCAACAUCGUUGAAGUCCCUGUACCUAUCAAGAAUGAUGAGAAAGUGGAUAUUCAUACUUGUGUCCAAAAGGUCAAGCCAUUUGAAGCUGCUUAUGCCGAAUUCAAAACCAAGACGGUGCUAAUGGAGGAGCGCAAUGUUUAUUGUGGUGCAUAUUUCACCACGGUGCUGCUGGACAAAGAGGACUCACAUCGGGUGAUGGACUACAGAGGUGGAUGGUUUAUGGCGACGGGCUCCAAGGAUCGCGUGGUGCGUCUGUUUUCCGUGGCGUCAGAUACAAAAGUGGUGUCGGUGAUGAAGGGCCAUGUUGCCAGCAUCCGGGCAGUGCUGCUCUGCGAGGACAGACACCUGCUGAUCACUGCCAGCUGCGAUUCCAGUAUCAGGUGUUGGAGUUUGAAGACCGACAGGUGUGUGAUGAUGCUGUAUGGUCACACUGGCACUGUCAACUGCCUGGAUGUCCAUGCUGACACACUCGUCUCAGGAGCUAAAGACUGUAGAGUAAAAGUGUGGAGUCUACUCACAGGGAAGCAUUUUGAGGAUUAUAAUUUCAAGCACCCGAGUCCUGUCCGAUGUGUGAGGAUCAACACAGGAACGGUGUACAGCAGCUGUGAUCGGGGCUUCGUCAAAAUAUGGGACAUGGAGAACGCGUCGCUGCUCAGGGUGAUGGACGCCCACAGGAGCUCAGUGAGGUGCCUGUUCUUCGAUGAAAGACACUUUUUAUCCGGGGACUGCAGCGGGCAGGUCAUGGCCUGGAGCAUCAACUGUGACGUUAAAGAGUGUCUUAUGACCUUCACCCACCCAAAGGAGGUCAAAUCUCUGACUCUUGUUUACCUCCGUGUCAUUACUGGCUGUGUGGAUGGAAAGAUUCGCAUAUUCAAUUUCCUCACCGGAGACUGUCUGAGAGACAUAACGGCAGAGGCUGAAACAGGCCGAAUACUGUCCCUGCACUUCCAUGACAACCGUAUAUUAGUGAACGCGACAUCCAGUGUGAAGCUCUACCAGUUUGCCAAAGUGUUCUGGGAUUACACAACUGAGGGAGGGCAGGGUGAUGCGGUGGCUCAGGAGGUUUUGGUUUCUGAGAAGUCUGCAGCUUCGCUCAGAAAGCUUCGCUUCACCUCUGUCGAGGCCGACCACACGGCACAGGUGGCUUCCCACAGCCAAAAGAUACACAGCUGUAACAACAAGAAGCCAGAGAGAGCUGAGCUGCUUUACCGCACCUGCUUCCUGCCUACCUCCAUGAAAUGUCGAGCACAAGCCAGAGAGCGCUGUGAGACUGCUAAUACGUCAGUGAUGAUGAGUGAGAAGGCAACGAGUGACCGGAUGAAGAGCAGGGGGCUUCAUCAUCCUCUGACACGCGACUCCAUCCUCCUCAGGAUCAAUGCCAUCCAGAAGGCGCAGUGCAUGGAUGAAGUCAGCAUCAACAUGGAGUGCAAUGCCAGGCUGCGAGAUUCCUGGGGCCCCGACACGCCUCAAGAUCCUCGGUACUGCGGCCUGGAACAGAGCCUGCACACUCCGAUGUGUCACACAACUGAUUUUCAUCCCAGGCGAGCCAAGACCUGUGUUCCAAUUUUAAGGAGAGCUGUCAGUCAAAAUAUGGCAGACGCGAUCCAAGGCAGAGCUGUCUCCGCCGCCCCUGACUCUGCGAGGAGACGCAAACCCUGUUUAUUUUCUAAAAAAGCACAGCCUCACAGCGCUGAUACAUGCAGGGCAAUCCAGAGAGUGAGUGGAUUCACUAGAAGUGCCACAGAGGGUCCACGGGCUCCUGAGUGCACGUUCAUGAGAUCGUUGCCUAAUCCAGAACCCUCCAUGAAAACUGGCCCCAGCUUCCCCAGCUUCCCCAGGAUCAACCCUGUGAGUCAAUUCAGAGAGCAGGGAGGAUGCUGUCUGCUCACAGCGGCCCAGCUGGAAGAUUGUAGGGCCAAGAAGGACGUCAUGCAGAACUGUGAAAAAAAACUGUGCAAGAGGAAUAAGAAACAAGAGAAAACACUGUAAGGAUACAUGUGCACCAAUAGAUGAUCAUUUAUUAUUUCUUCUAUGACAUAAUGUGUCACCGCACAGUGAGUGUUCUGGACAUCUUUGUUUGUUUUCGUAUAUUCAAAUGUGAUGUUUCAAUAAAACUCCACUAGGGGUCAGUAUUGUAUCAUCUGAUUGUGGCUGGACCAGGAACCAGUAGUUAUGCUUCAGAUUUCAUUUGACUUUUUUUUUACUUCAUUUAGAACAUUUUCAUAUGUAGUUUUAUUAUUUAUCAAUGAUAAGUUUUUAUUUAAAAAUAAAAUCAGUUGAAUGUAUGAAUGUAUCUUCCAUUUAUAUAUUCAAUUAAUGUUAAUAAAGGAAAGG